ACAGUGGAAUGCAGUGGAAGAGACCCAAAGUCCGCGGCCACCCAGAUGAGAGAUUUUUGUGUUGAGGUCCCUAUAUGGCUCUGUUAGACUUCAGCGCCAUCUCUUAGUUCUUCUCUGUUCCUUGUUUGGGAAGUCAGUGGGAGGGGAACUAGGCAAGGAGCUAUAUAACCUAACGGCUUAUAGAUGCAGAGUGCACCAUCCUAGAAGAGCCGUCCCCAGCAAAGAACUCUCAGGGACCAUUUUUGCCCGAAAGGCCCGAAGACAUUGACAUAGAAGAUGUGUGAGGAAGAGGAUAGCACUGCACUGGUUUGUGACAAUGGGUCAGGACUUUGUAAGGCUGGCUUUGCUGGAGAUGAUGCUCCCAGAGCAGUUUUCCCUUCCAUUGUGGGUCGUCCCAGGCACCAGGGAGUGAUGGUUGGUAUGGGUCAAAAAGACAGCUACGUAGGUGAUGAAGCUCAAAGCAAGAGAGGUAUCCUGACCUUGAAAUACCCCAUAGAACAUGGGAUCAUCACAAACUGGGAUGACAUGGAGAAGAUUUGGCACCAUUCUUUCUACAAUGAAUUACGAGUCGCCCCUGAAGAGCAUCCAACUCUGCUUACUGAGGCUCCACUGAAUCCCAAAGCCAACCGAGAGAAAAUGACACAGAUUAUGUUUGAGACAUUCAAUGUACCAGCCAUGUAUGUGGCCAUUCAAGCUGUAUUGUCCCUGUAUGCUUCUGGACGUACAACAGGGAUUGUGCUCGACUCCGGAGAUGGUGUCACCCACAAUGUGCCAAUUUAUGAAGGCUAUGCUUUGCCUCAUGCCAUCAUGCGUCUGGAUUUAGCUGGCCGAGAUUUAACAGACUACCUCAUGAAAAUUUUGACAGAACGUGGCUAUUCCUUUGUGACUACUGCUGAGCGUGAAAUUGUCCGUGACAUCAAGGAGAAGCUGUGUUAUGUGGCCUUGGACUUUGAAAAUGAGAUGGCCACUGCUGCCACUUCCUCCUCUCUUGAAAAGAGCUAUGAGCUGCCUGAUGGUCAAGUGAUCACCAUAGGUAAUGAGCGCUUCCGCUGCCCCGAGACCCUGUUCCAACCCUCCUUCAUUGGCAUGGAGUCUGCUGGUAUACAUGAAACCACUUACAACAGCAUCAUGAAGUGUGAUAUUGAUAUCAGAAAGGACCUUUAUGCAAACAACGUCCUGUCUGGUGGUACAACAAUGUAUCCAGGCAUUGCUGAUCGGAUGCAGAAAGAAAUAACUGCUCUGGCUCCCAGCACUAUGAAAAUCAAGAUCAUUGCUCCUCCUGAGCGUAAAUACUCUGUCUGGAUUGGUGGUUCUAUCCUUGCCUCUCUGUCUACUUUCCAGCAGAUGUGGAUUAGCAAACAGGAAUAUGAUGAAGCUGGCCCAUCCAUCGUUCACCGCAAAUGCUUUUAAAUUGCUUUAUCUUCAUAUACCCUUUAGCACAUUACUGUGAAUAUAUUCAGGAAUAAAUACGUCUUUAUAAUUUCAUUCCAACAUCUUUCAUAAUAAGAGCUCUGAUUACUUGGAUACUAUGUAUUUUUUGAAUAAAUCUCCGAUAUACUA